AUGCUCACUUCAGGGCCGAAAAGUGGAGCCAUUUCGGAAAAGAUACGUAGAAGUGCGCUCGCUGGAAACUUCUCGUGGCCUUUGAGAUACUUCGAACGUGGAGAACUCUCGGUAUCAUGGGAAAACCAAGCUUGGAUUGAUACGCCUCAAGGUCUCGACCAGGACCUGGGACGCUCGGCUGCUACUCUUGUUCUGAAUGCCGAACCAAGAUGGCCCGCGGACAAAUACAGAGUGAAGAUUUUGGAGGAUUUCCUGCACGAUGCCACAGUCCAGAAACUGGAAGAUGGACAUCCUAGCGUUCCAAAUCACAAGGUGGCGUUGCUAAUUGACGGCAACAAGCUGAAAGCGGACCCUGAAUUGCGCAAAUUCCUCGAGGGCCUGUCUGCACGCGAUCUACUGGUUGAGUUGAAAAAGAAGCGAUAUCGAGAACAUCCGGAGUGCGACGAUGAGUUGGAUUUUGCGGAAGCUGAGCGUCGGUUGAUUUAUAUGGUUGACAUUGACUCAUGGGUUGAGGAAGACGGGGAAGUCGACGGGAUCUAUGCCGCUCAGAUCAGUUGCGUUGUUACGGGGUUCGAUCAAGACAGAUGGACCGCCUUGGUUUUAACAGAGACCUGGUUUGAAGAGGAUAAGCCUGAUGACCCCUCUCCUGACAAAAUAUCUCGCCACGAAAAUGAUUAUCAUGACAAUCUGGAGGGUGGCUUUGACGCCAUAUUCGACCCUCUAUGCAGAGGUAAAAUCGAUGUAAACCAGGUGUGGCAUCCUCGACCAUACUUCUGUCGCAUUCUGGAGACGCGGGUUGAACAGGUUCAUCGGGAAUGGUAUCAACUUGUCGCCAAGCUCAGAGAAAGACAUGACAGCUGGAUCGAGCGUCAUGAACACUUUCUCCGCCGCAUGCGAAGGCUUGCGAAGCAACCUCAACCAAUUUCAACGGAAGAGUCUGGCUUUUCAGAGUUCGCUGACUUCGAAGACAACAUGCACGAAUUCAAGGGUAUUUUAAACGACGUUAUCUCAGAUCUUCGUGAAACUGUGCGCAUCGGCGACUGGUUCAUGAAGACGGACGUCAACUACUUCCUCAACCGAAGUGAGGGUCUACAAGACGCCCUCGACUGUUUUGACUAUCUCAGCCAGGUCCGCACCGCUUUCAAUGGCCUUAACCAAUUGCUUCAACAUUUGGUUGAUAUGAAGGAUAAGUGGAAAGGUAUGCUGAAAACUGGAUUGUCGAUGCAGGAACGGAUCAGAAGUGUGUCGCUUUCUCAACCUAGACGGCAGGUCGAGCCUAGAAUUCUAGCGUGGACCACAAUCAUGUCUCAGCCACUUGUUCUCACGGCCGCUAUCUUCGGCUUACGUCCUCUCGAUAUCUUUCGCUCCUACAUUGCGAAAAUUGUUGCCGAGGUCACGGGAUGUGAUCCAGCCCUUGCGUAUGAGGCGAUCCAGACUACUGCGGCGAUUUCCAUGGGCGACUUGGCAGUCAUUCUGCCUCGACUUAAGAUCAAAGCGAAUGCAGAGGUUGCGGCAGAGCUUCUGGCAAAGUUCCCCAAGUCUCCCCUCUACACCUUCCCGUUUGUUGACGGCAUCCACAUCCGAAUCUUCUCUUCCCCUUUCACGCUCCCCAGACUCCUCCUCCCCUUCAUCGCGGACCGAAAGGAGCUAUACGGCGGCGAUGAGUCAUUCGGCCUUCGACCCGCUCCUGACUCUGGAAAGCUGAAGGCCAUCGUCGAGUUCUCUUCUCCCAAUAUCGCCAGCGAGUUUGAGGGUAGGCAUCUGCGCAGUACCAUCAACGGCGCUGCCAUCGCCAACCUGUAUGAGCGCAUGGGAUGGGAUGUCGUCCGCAUGAACUACCUGGGCGACUGGGGCAAGCAAGUCGCCCUUCUUGCCGUCGGCUGGGAGAAGUUCGGCUCUGAUGAGGAGUUUGAGAAGGAUGCCAUCCGCCACCUUCUCGACGUCUACAACAAGAUCGUGGAGGCCUUCAAGCCUGAGCUCGAGGCCAGUCACAAGGCCAAGGCCGACAACAAGAGCACUGCCGAAAUCGAGUCGCAAGGUAUCUACGCUGAGCGCGAUGCCUUCUUCAAGCGGUUGGAGGAUGGCGACGCCGACGCGAUGGCUUUGUGGAAGAAGUUCCGUGACGUCUAUGUCGAGGACUAUACCAAAGCCUACGCGCGUCUCGGUAUCAAGUUCGAUGAGUACAAUGGCGAGUCACAGGUAACGUCCGAGUCCAUCGCCGAGGUCGAGGCUGUUCUCAAGGACAAGGGUGUCCUCGAGGAGAGCGAGGGUUCCUGGGUCAUCGACUUCAAGAAGCACGGCUCCAAGGGACUGAGCACCGCAGUGUUGCGCAACCGUACCGGCACCACUAUGUAUCUCCUCCGCGACAUCGCCAACGUCAUCGACCUCGACAAGAAGCACUCCUUUGACAAACUGAUCUACGUCGUAACGUCCGACCAAGAUGCCCACUUCGCUCGCGUUGCAAAGGCCAUCGAGCUCAUGGGUCAUGUUGACCUUGCCAAGAAGCUCCAGCACGUCGGCUUCGGCAAGGUACAGGGUCUCUCGGCGCAGCUCGGCAACGCGCAUCUCUUUGGCGACAUGAUUGAUCAAUGUGCUGCUGCAGUGAAGACAGCCAUGGCGCAGCAAGAAGGUGGUGCUCCAGCUGCCGCCGCUGAGCCUUUCGGUAUCACCUCUUUGAUUGCUCAAGACAUGCACACCAAACGCGGCAACGGCUACGCGUUUGAUAGCAAGAAGAUGACUGAGUUUGAUGGAGACACGGGCGCUGCACUUCAGUUUGCAUAUACCAGACUCAAGUUGGCUUUGGGGCAGCUUGAAGCCGAUCCCACGGCUCUGGCCGACGUUGACUACACACAUCUUCAGGAGGAAGAGUACACAAAUCUUCUCCGACUCAUGGCGCAAUAUCCCGACGUCAUCAACGCUGCGUACAAAUCGGUCGAACCUUCUGCCGUCCUCUCAUUCUUGUACCGUUUGGUCGAGCAGCUGAUUGAGUGUCUUGAUGUCGACGAAGAUGCAGAAGCGCCUGAGGGUCCGGAAGUGGACCUUGCGAGAGCCGUGUUGUAUGAGAAUGCGAAGCAGGUGUUGGAAAACGGAAUGAAGGUUCUGGGUAUCCAACCAUUGGCCACUUGA